CGACGCCAGAGCCAUUUCGAGAUGAUUAUCGUGAAGACAGCGCUCCUUGUCCUCCUCGGCGUCGUUUGUGUCUCCUCGGACUUUCCCGGGGUCUGGAGUAGGCACCACCCGGACGUAGACCCCCGCUACAAAGAGUGGGCUCACUUCGCCAUCUCCUCUCAAGUCGAGGACAGGACCAACUUCGACACCCUCAUGACGCUCAUCAGCGUCGAGUCUCAGGUAAUUGCGGGUGUGGACUACAAACUAAAAAUGAAGGUUGCUGAAUCCGACUGCGUGAUUGGAGUGGACUCGUACAGCAGGGAACGUUGCCACCUCAAGGUCGAUGUUCCUUACAUGAUCUGUACAGCCGUGGUUAACUAUAGGCCCUGGGAGCGCAAAACCAACCUCAAGUCAUACAACUGCAGCGAUCGUGUCUACAACGGGAAGUCAACUGAAUGA